CACAGAGAGUUUGUGGCACGCAGGACUGAGAAAUACAUGUAACAAACCCCCUGGCCUACCAGAGGACCAAAAAAAGGGUUUGCCUCCAGUUUCUCUGUGGCCACGUAACUUCCUCUCAGCUUCUGCACUGUGUGCGGCUGCAGCAGAGUGCAACUCUACCUUUUUUUUUUUUUUUUUUUUUUUAAUCUUACAACGUUGGCAGCGACAGCACGGUCACAGAAACCCUCACUGAUUUAAGACCGGUGUAUCACUCUCACGGCUUUUUAUCCAAAGAGAUCUCUGAAGGACCACUAAAGAAGAAAAUGUUGAGGCGAAGGCCUUCCAAUGCCUCGGAGAAAGAGCAAGUGCAGAAGAAGAAGCUCACUCUGCAGAGGUCCAGCAGCUUCAAGGAUUUUAUGAAGCACAAACCUACUUCUCCUGUUGCAUCAGACAAGGAGUUCACCUUGGAGGAGAAUUUGGCGGAGGGUGUAACGCCAGAGGAAGCUGUGAAAAGUGGCAGCAAACUGGGAAAGAAAUGGCGCAACGUCAUCUCUCGUACCAUGACCCGAAAAACAUCCAAGAUGGUGCAGAAGGCUCUGGCUGAAGAGGGGGCUGAGAGUGGCGAGGAGCUGUCUCCGGUCUCUUGUGAUUGGGUUCCAGAUCUGAGUGCAGGACAGAGGACGUCUGUGUGCUCCACGGGGUCAGAGGACACAGCGCCCAGCCUCAUCAGCCGCCAGCUCUCAGGCAGUAGCGACAGACAGAGCCUGGACAGUGGAUACUGCCAGCGGGACAGCAUGAGGCUGGAGGAGAACAGCGUCUCUUACAAUGGACCUUUCUGUGGUCGCGCUCUGGUCCACACUGACUUCACUCCCAGCCCCUACGACGUGGAGUCACUCAAGCUCAAUAAAGGAGACAUCAUCUACAUCAUUGAUAAGCCUCCUGUAGGGACCUGGACGGGGAAGCUCAACAACAAAAUGGGCUCCUUUAAGUUCAUCUACGUCAACCUGAUGCCCGAUGACACCCCUCCAGCCAGGAGGAGACGCUGCAAUAGCAAGAACCGCCGAUCCAAAUCCAAACCCAAAACACUGGAGGAGGUCCUGGACAGCAUCGGUCUCACUGAGCUGAGUUCUCUGCUGUCCAUGCAUGGUUUCCAGAGCCUGGAGGACUUUACAGGACUGAAGGAGUCUCACCUCAACGAUCUGAACAUCACAGACCCAGACAAGCGCUCCAAGAUCCUGAAUACUUCUGAACUGCUGAGAGACUCUGAAGACGAGUCAGAGCCAGAAGAGGAGGACAGAUCUGGGGAGGAUGACAAGGAGCCGAGGGAUUCAGGCUGUUUCGAGAGCUCUGAGAACCUGGAGAGCCGACGUGAGGAGCCUAAGACGGAGGAGGGACUCCAGGAUGAAGCAUCAGAGAAGCAGACAAACCAGGAGGAGGCGGAGAAACAAGAGCAGCAGGAGGAGAAGCAAAGUGAGCAGCUGGACGCUCUGCAGGAGCAGCUGCAGGAGCUGACGGUGGACGAAGGAUCUUGAGAAGUAAUGGGAAAAUACUUUCUUUUCUUUUCUUCCUGGUUCUCAGGGACUCUGUGGACGGAGGUUAUGAAAAUGCCUCUUCAUUAAAAGAGAAUGGACUGGUGAUUGGAACACAAUGUAAUGUUCAAAUACUGUAUGAAGAUGAUGGUCUUUGUUUUCCACAGCGCGCUUGCGCUGUUGAGCGAGCGGUAGAGUUUCUCUUUGUCUUCCACGGCUCAGAGCGCUGCUUAAAUGAGCAUGUUGUUGUUUCCUCCUGAGGAAAUCAUAUUUGGUGUUUGUUUAUGAUGGCACCAGCAAAGCAUUCUCUUCAUUUAUGACCCAGUUUUAAAAGUUUUCGUGUCGUUCACUCUUAUACACAAUUAUGAAUGUAAAGUAUUUUUCAUGUAACUUGAAAUGAAUUGUAACUUUCAGUAGUUUGCUUUUACUUGUGAAAUGUUGUACUUUUCACUGAUUUAUGUCACAUCAUGAGGUUGUGAACAGCUGCUGUAAAUAGAAUUGAAAUAAAACUAAAUUCACUGAGAUGUUGAUAAUGUCACCUGUGAAUUACUGUCAUUCCAGUUUUAAAUGCUUUAUCUUAAGAAAGUUAACAGAAAAUAGCAACUAAUCAAAUCAAGUUUCGUAUUCAAUCUCUAUAAUUCCUGGAUAGUAAAUAGUAAAUACUUUGAUUUACUAAUCUGAACUCAAUCUCACUCACUAGCUUGUUUCCACAGCUCAUCAACUGUGCCACACAACUCUCUGGUGGAGGGGUUGUAGCUCAGGAGGUAGAGCUGGUCUUCUUUUAAGGCUCCUCCUCAUGUCGUCCUUGAGCAAGACGCUGAACCUCAAGUUGCCAAACUAUAUUACUGUGCUACAUUAUGAUUUUUUUCAUAAGUCUCAGUAUAGUAUGUUUAAAAAAAAUCACAAUGUAGGAUGUCGAAAAUAGUAUUUUAUACUCUGAGUUUUAUCUUUUUAUGACAUACUAUAAUAUUAAAUUUUACAACAUGCUAUAGCCUACUAUGAUUUUAUUAAUUACCUUUUUCGACUAUAUUAUGACUUUUUUGAUAUACUACGACUUAUUAGGACUUUUUUCGACAUACUAUUCUAUGACUUUAAAGAAAGCAUACUGAAAUAUAACUUUACGGACAUACUUUACAAGUUACUCUACGUACUUUUUAUGAUUAUACUGUGAUUUGUUAAAGAAUAUUUUAGACAUACUAUAUUCCGAAAUUUUUUUUUUUUUUUUUUUUUUAAAUACUACCCCAUGGCUUUUUUUCACCUUUCUUUGACAGUAUAAUAUAGCAUGAAUAAGUCAAAAAAAUAGUUGUAUAUAGUUAUAAAAAAAAAAGUAUUAAAAACUGAUACUACAGUCAAAUUAAUAAAUAAGUCAUAGUAUAGUAAGUCAUAAAAAGUAAUAGUAUAGUACUGUAGUAUGUUGUAAAAAUGCAUGACUUGUAUGACAAACUAUAUUCCUACUAUUACUUUUUAGGCAUUUUUUGACAUUUCAUGGCAUUAAUUUCAACUGUGUGUAUCACAUUGUAAUGUCCCGUGGUUUCCGUCGAUGUGUUCUACUGUCAACACGUUUCUGUAUUUGUUCAUGUUUUCUCUAUUUGAAGCCGUGUGUUAAACGUUUUCUAAAAAAAUAAAACUUCUUUUCAAAGACAAA